AGGCACUUUAGAGUGUUGUGUUAAAAAAAAAAAAAGAAAUCGUGUGGUUUUAGAAAGAAUCUUACGAAACUUUAUUACCCUAAAAAAAAUUCCAAACACUAUGUCUAUGAAAGCGAGAUAUGUGACAGCAAAAGAAAUCAAAGAAUAUAAACCAGAAGAGCUUAUCAAAUUCUUAAAAAAGAACUUAAAUUUUGAUGGAGUGGACUUGGAAAAUUUGGAAAUAAUUCGCGAGCAAGAGGUUAGCGGUCGUAGCUUCCUCAACUUGACCCAUGAAAGUUAUGGAAGAUGGGGAAUGCCUAGUGGUCUAGCAUGUAGUAUUGCAAAUUUUGCUAAGAAGUGCAAAAAGAAAAAGUUGGACCCGAGAAAGUUGUUAACGAAGCAUGGAGUUGAAAAUGGUCGAAUAAUAGACAUGCCGCAAUUUACACCAAAAAUUCACAAAAUUGAUGACAAGGAUGAUUAUUUUUUACAUUGUCUUAAAGAUAUACAUCUCAGGUUGAAUAAUAUGGGGACAAUUGAUGAAAGUAAUGAAACAAUUUGUUGUGAAUACAUUUCGACAAUCCUCCAUGCAUGUAUUCAUAUUACCAGAAAACUCACCGGAAAAAAUAUAUCUAUAUACCCGCAAUUUGAUGGUAAAAAUGCGGGUCGUGUAAAUUAUGUAAUCAAUGCAUCCGAGAAGUUAAUUUGUGUCACGGGAGGUAAACAACAUCAAAUUGAUAUUGAGUUUGCUCAGAAUGUUACACAAUGCAAUAGUGCAUACAAGACUAAUCAGAAAAAACGAAAAGCGGAAGAAAAACAUGACUAUAUAUUCGGGAUUGUAACUACGACUACGGCAUGGUAUUUUCUCCUUUAUACUCCAGACGGAAUUUCUUGCACGAGUAGAAAUCCACUCAAUAUCCGGUUUGUCGAGUCUGCUUUGGAAGAAGGUUCGGAAGAAGAAAAGGAUUUGCAUAAAAAUGUGAAGCGGGUAAUGGAAGUUAUAGUUGGUUUGUUAAAGGAUAGGGUGGAAGAUGAAAAGAAACCGGUGAUGAAAAAGCAACGGGUUCAAGGUUAUUUCAAGAAAGAGGAAGAGUAAUUAUGAUCAUGGGCUACAUUCCAACUUUUUUCAUGCCAUGUGAAUCUAAUAAUAGGAUUUUUUUUUAUUAUAAAUAAUAUAUAGUAUAUAUAUAUAUUAUGCCACAUUUAAUAAAUUUAUAAAUAGGCUUUUAUUUUAUCGCCUUUUUCAAAUUAGUGCGACUAUGCGAUUUUUGGGUUGUAUCAUCAUGUGAGAAUCGAUUUUCAAAAGAUUUUCAAUUUCACGUGACAAUCAACAAAUAAUUAGU